AAACAGUUGAGGGGCUUUGCGAGCCAAACUUUUCAGCUUUUGCUUCUGUGCCAUCAUGAUCUGCUGCAUCACAUGCAUCUUUCUACAAGUCUCCCUCACAGGGGCUGCUGAGAGCAGUAUAAUUGGUGGCAGAGAAGCAAAGCCCCAUUCCAGACCUUACAUGGCAUCACUCCAGUAUCAAGAACACCAUUCAUGUGGUGGGAUGUUAAUCCGAGAGGACUUUGUUCUAACGGCAGCACACUGCAAAUUUGAGAACAGAGGUCCUUCAACAGUGGUCCUUGGAGCACAUGACAUUAGCAAGAAAGAGAAAAGUCAGCAACGUAUCAAAGUGGCGAAGUACUACCCACACCCAAAAUUCAGUGGAAAAUACGAUUACGACAUUAUGUUACUGAAGUUAGAAAAAAAUGCCACACUGAAUAAAUUUGUGAAGACCAUCAAACUACCCAAGAAAAACGGGAAAACGCCUGCCAACGUUAAAUGUCAUGUGGUUGGUUGGGGUCGAACUGGAGAUGAUUUACGUCCCUCAAAUUUUCUGAAGGAAGCUACGGAGAAGACGCAAUUCAGCAGUGAGUGCGAAAAGAUUUGGGGAUCAACUUUUAAUUUUCAUCACAUGAUAUGCACCAAGUUCACCAAAAAGGACGGCGGGGUUUGCGAGGGUGAUUCUGGUGGACCACUUAUCUGCAACAAAAGGCCUCAAGGUGUAACAGCAUUUAUCAUGAAAGGCAACUGCAAUAAUCCAAAGUAUCCGCACGUCUUCACUAAAGUUAAUUUUUUUAUUGCAUGGAUGAAGGAGAAAAUGAAAGAAGAGAGGUUUGUUGCAUGAGUCACUAGUGAGAGGAGUAACAGCCUUUCUUCAUUUACUGAUUAAACAAUAUGAUGAAGUAAAGCAUAUGUUUUGUAGCACGCGUAU